AGCUUUGGGGCUGAGAGGAGCAAGGCUAACUUUCCAUUUGUGGCCUAAGGUGCUGACACUCGAAGUCACAGCUCUGCAUCACGCCUUCACUGUGCCCUCAUUUGUGUUUCUCAGAUAAAGUCGUUAAUUAGCUUUAGCCAUAACCUCAAGGAAUAACAUCCACCCUCUGUCUUUGCCUUCCCUGUGUGUUAGUAUCAGAAUGACAACAACGAUUGUCUUUGCAUGCAAAGGUUUAGUCUCAGGGUUCCAGCGCACAGCAACAUCUACCAAAAUAGAAUCAAACUAAAUUAAGACAGCAAUUUCAUGGCAGGGUUCAUGAUAGUCACAUGAAUAUAACAGGAAAAUAAACCAGGUGUCUAUUUUAAAUUGUAACAAUAAAACAGCUGCACAACAUGUAGGCUACAGGAAGGUGCAGAAUACUGCUUUGAAGGUGUGUCAAAGUUAAAGGGAUGAACGUGAUACAGAGAUGAUAAUCCAGCAUGGAAAGAGGAGUCAGAUAUGAAGGCUAACCACCCAGCAAAAUGUGGUUAAAAAGACAUUGAAAAGAUGUCCAUUUGUCUAAACAACAUCUAGAUUUUGCUGAAAAGUGAAAGGCGAAAAGAUGUAAUUUUCGUGUAAUUGAAAAGACAUGUCUAUCGGGACAUUGCCUCUUACGUUUAACUUUGGUUGAAAAGUCAAAGGUGAAAAGAGUGAUUUUCAGGUUGUUGAAUAGGACUGUUAGAGCCCAAUAUGUGACAAUGACCUGAAAUGUUAUAAAAACAGAUGUAAUAAAACCCAAAAUGUAAUAACUGGUCAAUAAUGUAACAAGAUGCUGAGCCCAAAACACAAUAUCUUUUAGCUCCAAAUGUAGCAACUUGUCACAUUUUGGGUCAAAUCAAACACGACAGCCUUUAUAAAGACAGUAGUGUUUGAUUUAUCUGACAUUAAUUUAUUGUUUAUGUGCAGUAAACUUUGGUUAACUGAUGAAAUAAACAUUUGCAUCACCUCAACAUUGUUACGUCUUUAUAGCCAACUAAUAAAACAAUGAAAAAUGCCAAACAACAUAUUCUUUUAUUUUAAGAUAAUGUUGGUAAUCCUUAAGUAGCAAAGAUAUCUUAUUUUUUUGCUGAUCCCAUCCUCUACAUGGAUGUUGUGUAGGUGUAGAAGAUAAAUAUAUCCUAUUCAAUUUAACAUUUAACUUUUGUGCAAAUUUGUUGCAGAAAAUGUCAAUGAGACAUUUAAUCUGAGUCCAACCAUUGAUGUCAACAGGCAUUAGAAAUUGAAAUGUAGCUAAAAUAAAUCUCUUCUACUGAGUCUGUAAACCUCCUACAGUGCAUUAAAUGUAUCUAAAACCUAUUUUUCUAAAACCUGAUCAGUUAUUAUACGCUUAUCUGUGAAUGGACUGAUUUCAUCCCAAUACAUAUUACUGAGUUUCAACAUCAGAUUUUUUUAUGUAUAUAUAAAAAUAUUGGUUAAAUAUGAGUCAUAGAUUGAAAAACUGACCUUUAUGAAACCCUAUUAGAUAAAGAUGAUUGUAGUUUUUUGUUUUCAGUCUUAAAACCAAAUGAUUCUGAGCAAAGAGAGUGAGUGAGCUGCAGAUUUAGGACCCGAGUGUCUCUGGAAGCAGCAGGGCUGAAUAAGCGCACUGAGGCAGUACAGCCAUUAACCUGGACCUGUUUGAGCACUGACAGAUAUCAGAGACCUGCCUCUAAUGAUGCCAGACAGACACAGCACUUUAAUUAAGAGGUGAAACAGCACCAAAUUGGCUGCCUUGUUAAAGUGAGACCAACACUCACACUAUACCCUGUCUAACAAUCUGCUGCAACUUUGCUGCCUGUUAAAGUCAGACAAUAAAAGUUCAAAUUUUAUAUAGGAUAAGAAUAAUAAAACCAUCAAACCAUCAAAAGGUAAUCAUGCAGCUCCAUGUUUAAAUCAAAGCAGGUCUAUACAGCUGUGAGUGAUUUUACUGCAUUGUGCAACUGAAAGGAGGAGACCCAUCUCAUGCAUCAUACAAAGAACAAAUCAGUCAUAAUUUCAAAGAAAAUGAUUGUUCAAUGGCAUCACGUCUUACUGCGAGUUCCUCCUGUUCAGAAAAGCAAACAAAAGGCACUUUUUGCUUCAGGCUUAUUUCUAUGAAGGGGGUGAAAAAAGGGGACUUGCUGGAUGCAUUUAUCAAAUAUGGCAAUUUGCUUAAUGGACUCUGACAAAGCCAUUGGCGGUCUUUAUUUAGAUGCAGAUGACUUCCUCCACUGGCUUCCUCUGUCACUGGCGGAGCUGCCUGUCAUGGAAAAGGAGGAGAAAGCUCCCUCCUGUUUCUUACAGACUUCAGUCAAUCACUAUCUGAGUCUGUCUGUGGGUGAGACAGACUGCCUGUCUACACUCCCUCUCACCCCUUUUGGCUCCCUCUAUUUUCCCCUCUCUCGGUGUAAAUUCUCCAUUAAUGCAGCCAAGAAGAGAACAAACCAUCUCUCAGUUGGACUCCUCGUUGUGUAUUAAAGCACAGAGCUGCACAUGGUCACGGUUGUCAUGAUACAAAGGAAAAAUUGGGAGUUGGCUGAGAGAAAUCCUAACAGGUCUGAACAGUGUCUGUGUCUAAUAACAUGGAGCUCCAUAUCUCCCAGAAGCAAAGCUGUCAUUCCUAAAAACAGCCUGAUGAAAAAGUGAGAUUAAACAUGCUGUUUCUAAUUCUUUCUUUGUGACAGAAUUUGACAUUACACACCAUGACUUAUAACAAAUAUGCCAGCGAAAAAUUAAGCUAUUUCUGUAUUCAACUGCUGUAUUGCUUACAGGAUAAGUUUUAGGCCUGGAAGAGCUGAUAAGCAUGCAACCAGCAUACUGAAAGCACAUGGCUUUCCGGCUAUUAAAAAAACUUGCAGAGCAGUGCCUGUGUGUGAGUGUGAGUGUGAGUGUGUUAGGAGGGUUGUGAUCUUGUGAAGGGGUGGCUCGAUGUUUAGGCAACAGUGCCCUCUUGGAAAAAUGUGUCAAACUGAGCUGAAGCACAGAUUCUCAUACACAAUUUACAACAUGAGUAUAAAAAUGUAGUUUUUUUUUCAAAUGUGGCAGUCCUAACCAAUGAAAUCUUAUUUUACAGUAUGCUUGGAUGUUGUAUGAAAACCAGUAGGGAUAUGCUUAUAAUGAGGGCUGAAUUGUAGAGGCGGCUUUAUUAGAUUGGGAGGUCCAGACAGUGUCAGCUGACUGAGCAAAUAACUCUGACAAGGGAGAGGAUUCAAGCCAUAAGCCUGAGCUGUGAAGACAGUUCACCACACCCAGGGAGGGUUUCUGUUAUCUGGUUUAUUUAAAAAUAUGAUUAAGUCCACACAUAAUCCAAAUAUAUCAAAAUUAAUAGCGAAAAAUAAGAGUUACAAAUAAAGUCAGGUAUCACAGAUCUGACUGUGAUCAUUCCACAAAUGUGUGAGUUUUUCCAGUGUGUUCUUGUGGCUCAUAUGAGUGUUAGAUGUUUUUCAUUUCAGCUGUAGCCAUGCAGUGUCAAACACAAAAUAAAAAGGUGUCAAAGCAGAAAGAUGGUUUACUUUCUUACUGUAAAAGAAGAGAAGGAAACAAAAGGCCACAACAACCCUCUCAAAUGCCCUGGCUCAGAGACGUCCUUUACUCUCUUCAAUCAGAGAAAAUUAGACUGUCACUAUGGGGGUCCACUGAUAGUUUUCACAGAUGUGGGAAAUGUUACUACGAGUGGCUGGGCAGACUGACUUUUCUUUUGUCCCAGACUAGUGUCACUUCUGCUGUUUUGUUUUAUUAUAUUGUAUCAUUAUUAUUAUUCCUUUUUUUUUCUUUUCUUACUUUCAAUAUGCUGUGCUCUGGGUGCUACAAGAAGUGAACUACAGUUCAUCUUGUAUAUUUUGUCUCUGAGGGAUUGUUUGGAGGUUGUUUGUCUGUGUGUUGUUCUUUGUUUUCUACGGGAUUGUACAGUAUAUUUCAUAUAUAUAUUUUUUACACUGUGAAUGCUGUGUAUAACUGUGCGAUGUCAGUACAAAACUAAAUAAACAAAGUUUGGAAAAAAACAACAACAAAUGACCACAAAAUCAGGGCUGUGAAGUUUUCUUAACCUCUGCUGUAGACGAAUAUCUUUUAUGAAUGUGAAUUUCAAAUGAAAAAUCCGACAGGAAAGCCAAAGUACCCCGUCUCCCCUGUCAGCUCAUCCCCACUGACACCUGAAAAGUCAGCAGAGGCUAACUUUUAAUCAUUUUUCAUGAACAGGAUGCUCGAUAGCAAAGUUUGUGUAGUAACCAUGGCAAUACCCAGGUAAAAGGUGAAGCCAAGCUGUUGUAACACGUGCAGAAUGUGUCUCGGUGUUGUCUUGCUGAAAUCAGCAGGGACAUCCCUGAAAUAGACAGAGCUCUGAUGGCAGCACAUUUUACUCCUAAACCUGUUUGUGCCUUUCAUAGAGCCUUCACAGAUGCGACAGUUAGAAAUGGGCACUAACACGAGAUCCUGACCUUUGACUUGAGAACAGUCUGGAUGGUCCUUUUCCUCUUUACUACAGAGGACACCAUGUCCAUGAUUUCCAAAAACUGUUUGAAAUGUGGAUUUGUCAGACCAAAGAACGGACUUUUUCACUUUGGGUCAGUCCAACAUCAGAUGAGUUCCGGUCCAGAGAAGCCGGUGUUGUUUCUGUCUGUUGUUGAUAUCUGUCUUUGUCUUUGCAUGGUAGAGUUUGAACUUUAAGAUGUAGAGACCUACUGUGUUAACUGACGAUAGUUUUCUGAAGUCCUCCUGAGCGCACUUGGUAAAAUCCUUUACAGACUGAUGUUGGUUUUUAAUACAGUCCCCCUUGAGGGGUCAAAUGGUGGUGUUGGGUCUAACUGCUUACAUGCAGAGAUUUCUCUGAUUCUCUGAAUCUUUUGACAAUAUUUUGGGCUUUAGAUGAUAAAAUCUCUAAAUUUAUGCAGUUUUAUGUUGAGAAACAUUGUUCUUAAACUUCGGAACUAUUUGUUCAUGCAACUGUUGACCGAGUGGUGAACCUCGCUCAAUCUUUGCUUGUGAAGGACUGAGUUUUUCAGGGAUGCUCCUUUUAUACCAAAUUUGGCCCUUACCUGUUUCUAAUGAACCUGUUCACCUAUAGAGUGAUCCAAACAAGUAUGUAUUUAAUUGAAUAUAGGUGAAAAAGGAUUUACAGAUCACUGUAUUCUGUUUUGUUCACCUUUUACAUAAUGUCCUAACGUCACUGGAGUUGGGGUUUGUGCCUCUUAUAAUAGCUGGCCCCCUACAUUGACAAAGAGCCUUCCUGCCAUAACUUGGCAAACAUUUGCCCAUUAUUACACACAAAUUACUCUACAUGAGAAGCGGACACGCAAUACAGGGAGUUCAUAUUUUAAAUGGUAUUGAUGUUGCCCCAAAGUCAGGUUGAAUCUCACAAUGAAUAAGCCUUGAGCAGAGGAGAAAAGAGAUCAAUACUCUGUUAUUAUUUUUGUGAUUAUUUUUGCUAAGUAACAAAAAAGCAUUAAUGUUCUCAAAUUGCAGCUCUGCAAGCCCUAUUAUGUUAAAUCACUGUGUGUUGGGUUAACAUACAUGUAAGCUGGGCAGCUACUAAGUGAAGAGAAGAAAAUUACCUUAUUUAGACCUACUUAAAGACAAAAUCACUUUAUGAGCAAAAUAUGAGUCAUGCACUCUGUCGGUCUCUUUUUUGCUCAGGAAUAGAAGACAAAAGCGAGAGUAACAAGCAAAAACCAUCAACAACAGAACAGCAUUUUCACCAAUUACCACUUAACCUCUUCAAAAAGGCCACAUCUUUCCAUUUAAGUUUUCAGCUUCUAAGUCGAGAAAUAAAUAGAUGUUGUGAAAAACAGUAUUAGUCAAUUUAAAUGAAGUUUUUCUGCUCCAGAUUUCAGCAGAUUUUGCAAACAGAAAUAUGCUGUACCCUGUACUGAUUGUAGAAAAUGGUUUCAAUAAGAUGUAAUCUCCUAAAAAGCAACUUAAGCAUCUAUAAACUUUGACAGAAUUGUCAAAGUGGAUAAGUAAUAAAUCCAUUAGUCAGUCCACAGAGAAAUAAUCAUUUAUUAUUUUGACUAUUACUUAAUUGUGUUAAACAGCAAACAGAAAACGAACAGAUUUUCCGUUUGUCUUUCUUACUAAAUGUGAACACAUCUUCAUCUGCUCUUCAAAGGUUUUUUCCUCUACUUUCAAAAUGACUUUCAUAAUAUAUAGAAAAAAAUCAUCAGAAGAAUUAUUUCAUGUAACCCCUCUUUGGAAAUGACAUUAGUCUUGUGUUUAAAAAACUGUGUGCCUCACAGUGGUGAGAAAAAAAGAUAGAUUGUGAUAUUUAGUUUGUUUGAAUGACUUCUCAUUGGCAAGAUGUGAAGGACCUGCUGGGAUUUCUACAACGUUUGCUUUUCAACAAUUAAACCAAAGCCCUGUGGGCCUCUGCUGUGACAAUAGUGGGAUGAAGCCUCCUCCAAAAAUAAACACAACAAAUUGAGUUUUUCUUUAAUGAGGCUUAAAUAUGACUUCUGUUCUUAAGAUGUGCUAAUGGAGAUUAAUCUUCAGAACUGUCACAGCCUCAAAUCCUCUGUGUCUUUCAUCACUGAGUACAGAUUAACAGCAAUGCACCAGGGAAGAUGAUAAGUGGUUUCUUUGAGUCCAUAUGGGGGCAAGGACUCUAUUUAGGGACCAAGAAAGGAUUUGCAUCACACCAUGGGACCCUUUAACGACAGCUAACUCAAGUGAAAGACCCUCAAAGCCUGUUAAAUAAAUGGCCCGUUGCAAAAACCAGCACCCAGCAUAAUGAUCUUUGCUGAAUUCAAUGAUGGGUCAGCUGUAAAUCACUGUUGGAUUCAUACAUACUUCAUUCAGAGUAUCUCAUUUGAAUGAAACACAGAGUUUUGAGGCCAAAUUACAUAAAAACCUUUUUUUGUUGAGAAAUAAUUGAAGUGGACAGGGUCACAGAGGACUGUAACUACAGGCAAAACCCAAAUGAAUCAGAGAAAAUUUUUAAAUAAUAGGAAAACCAUCUUCUUCUCAGAGUGCUGAAGCUUCUUUAAUAAGGAGAAUAUUCAAUGUCAUGUAAAGAUGAACUCUGAGGGUAUGAAAACUCACCACUAUUUAAACAUUCUGGUUUUAAGCAUGCACAGCCACUUCUUGCGUGAGCCAGGAGCAGUGAUCAAUUGCACUAACACGGUUAUGAACAAGAUAGCAACAUCUUGUCCAAACACUCCUUAAUAAUCUUCUCCUGGAGCAUUCCCCCGGGACAGAACAAUCUCAUUUCAGCAUGCAGGAGCAUAUCUGUUCAGCAUAUUGUCAACUGCAGGCAGACUGCAGGAGUCAUUACUGAUGACAUUUGAUGACACAAAGGCCAAUAUUUGAAUUGGGUACACGGGACAAAGCCUCAAAUCGAUGUUUCUCAUUGACUUGAUUGGACAAAAGCAAUCACUUCCUUGAAUCUCCCUGAUGAAAAGCAGCAGAAAAACACAGGCUGGCGUAUUACGCACUGUAUGAAUGUUAUUUCUGUAGGCAAGCGCUGUGUCAGGACCUUGUCAGAGCCACAAUGAUGGAGAGGAGGUGAUUGUUGUUCCCAUCUGGCUGCAUAAUGAGCUCCGAGCAAGGCAUAGGGUCACUAAUAGAAACAUGUCAUACAGCCCAAAGAGCGCAGUGGGAGUAAAACAAAUUGUGAGGCUGUUUGUGGAGCCAUAAAGGAUCCGGCAAUUUCUUUUUGAGUGUUUCAUAUCAUAAUUGUCUUUCUCAGUCAUUACUACAGUGCACUAUGAUUUGUCCUUUUCCACAAUUACUCUAAUUGUUCAACCUGUUUUUCUAGGUCCUCUCUGUGAGAGAGGGAGGAGGCUGUGGAGCUGAACCAUGAAAGUGCAGCAGUGCAUUGAAAUUCAUGUGGGAAGAGCAAGAAAAAGUGGUCUGAUCUCUGCAGAGGACCUAUUUCACCAUUAAAUAAAAUGUUACAGCGGGAUGGAAACCUUGUCGAGGUGUCACAGAGUAAAAAGUAUAAGAUUUCCAACUCCAAGGCAAAAACAUCGAGGCUCCUGCUGCUUUCUUUUGAGGACUUAAAUGACCUACAAAACUUGCUGUAAAUCUUAUCUUCUUCUGACUGUGAUGUUUGUAUGGAGGACUUCAGUCGGUCAAAAGGGGUUAUAAUUUGUUGUGGCCAUCAGCAGUACAACUUACAAUGUCUUCAGGGUCCUGGGGUUUUCACAAACACACGCGACAAGGAAAUACUCUCAUUCAAGGCUGAGAGGAGACUAGGGUGUAAUUUAGAGCAAAUGUUGCUGAAACUUGAAGUACAAAUAAAAAAGGAAAAGCAGAAAAAGUUCAGUCUUUGUGUGAGAAUAAGCUGAAGAUGUUUUUCCCACUUGAAAGUGUGGCUUUAAGAUGCAGAUUCACAGAGACAUAUUUAGCUUAAAGGGAACUGGAGCGAUUUCUGGUGAAGUUCAGAGGUUUGCAGGUCGUGGUAUGGGGAAUCUAAACUGAUGCACUGUGAAAGUUUGACCUUUUAAUCUUGUGUAUGGAUAAAUACUGAAUCCUAUACUUCUAAAAGUGACCUCUUAUUACAUCUAUUACAUCUACAUCGCCAGUGAAGAGAAAUAAAGAUUCAAAGAACUCAUUCAGGAUAGAUUAUAUUAUGAUUGUUAUCAUAUUAUCAGAUAGAUGUAGACUAUUUGUGUAGGUAAGACACAUUAUGAGACAUAGAGUGAUUCUCUCUUUUAUUUUCAGAAAAUUUAUCUGAUUUUUACCUUAAUCCAUCAAUUUAUUUGUAGAGCUACAAAAUGUCAUAUAAUGUGAAAACUUUCAAAAAAAUUUUUCAUCUUCAAAUAUCUUGUUUUGUCAGAAAAAUCAGUUCUGCAACAAGAAUUUUCUAUUAAAGAAGAAAAAAUUAGCAGAAAAGAGAAUGUUAAUCCAGUAAAUAUUUGGUAUUUUUGGAUUGAGGAAUUCUCCAAGUGGUUGGCCUGAGUUUAUCAAAGUAACAGGGACUGUCAGUCUAAGUUUUCUAACUUAAAUAAACUCAGUGCAGCUCUAGACGAUUAUGAGCUUGAUUUUUAAGAACAUAGACCGAACACAGAGACAAUUCUACUGUUAGCAGAACAUUUACAAUUUAACCUGUCAAAAGUACCUGUCAGUGAUAAAGUACAAACAUAGUGCGCUCAAAACCAGAUUUAAAGAGGAGACUAACAUGGAGCCCAAGGGCCUCAAACCUCUUUCUGUUCACAGGCUGCAUUAUGGGGUGAAAGGUCGUCAUAAUCCACAACGUGCUGCAGUGAGUGGUAUUUUAAUACACAUGGUUCAUGAAGGUUAUGUGUACCCAAUGGUAAGAGCAGCACUCAGACUAUUGAAAUGACAGCCCUGAAAUGUAUUUUCACAAUGAGCCUCUUAUAAUGAGUCGCACAGUUCCAUAUGAACAACUUCCUGCCAGAUCUUCUUUGUGUGUUUUCUGCUUAUGUAACCCGUUUUAAGUGCAGUCAAAAUGGUGAGUCUAUAUCGUUUAAAACUGUUAUGGGUUGCUUGCUUAAGGCAUCUAUUCCCUGCCAGACAAACUAAUCAAACCAUAGCCAUCCUACAGAGUAAUGAGGGUUAAACUCUCAAUGAAAAACCAUGACUUCACUUUGCCCUUCUCGUGUUACAUACAGAAACAAAUGAAUGAAAUUUAGCCUACUACAAAUAAAAACAAGCUAAAAAGAAACUUAAAAUUGGACUUAAAUGCAAGUGGCUAAUUAAAAACACAAUUGAAUAUCAUGAAAUCAGAUGUUCAGUACAUCCAAGUCAGUGUUUAAGAGCUAGGAUAAGUAGAAAGGCAAAUGCACCACAACAAGAUGAAUAAGUUUGAACUAAUAUCUAAUAAUAGUCCUAUGCUGCAUUCAGGUGCUAGUCCCAAUUUCCGACUUUGGUAUUAUCUGAUUGUUCUAUUACGGUUAAAUGCUAACAAAUAGCCUACCAACAUCAGCCACUGCUUUACCAAACUCGUUAUUUAGGUGUUAAUAUUGUACUUUAUGUGACAUCUUUAUUUUCUAGGUUAAGUCUAGACAAGUCUAGGUCACACUGCGUGGACAACAACUCAUGGUAAAACAUGAAAGCUGAGCUACAAAUUAUAUUUGAAUGAUAAAGCGAUAAAAUGAUAAAUUAAAGUUUCUUUAACUUAAAAAAAAGCCGUUUCCCCGGCAUGUUGCUGACAAAUUUGAGCUUCUGGGAUGCUGUCAGGUCUUGAGUAGGUGUUCACCUGCAUUUUUCAACUCGGAAACUCGUUUAUCCGAUGUGUCACCUAAAUGCAGCAUUUCCGGAAGUUGGAAGGCACCGUUGCUAAGCGACAGAGGACCCAAACAAGCGCGAGAAACAUCUCUGUAGUAUGACUGUGAAACGUUAGCGACUCUUCAUUUUGGCGUUUUAUGUCAAUGACUGAACCCCUGCUACACAUUUCGCUUCCUCUCUCGCUCUCUGUCUUCAUAAAUUAAAUUUCAUGAGCUUACCAAAUGGCCGGAAAGAAGAAAGAAGCAAGUCUACAGGUGAGACUCGCGCUGCACGUAAUGACGUCAGUGGUCAGAAGUUUCUCGAUACCUUUGUGAAGGCCUGAUAUUAACUUUAAUGUUAAACUAACUCCGUUUCCAUGUCCAGGUGUCAGUCACAAACCAAGAGCAGUGGGAGGAGAUGUUGGCAACCAAAGGGUUAACAGGUAGACUCUCCAGAAGUAAAACAGUCAUUGUAAAGUCCUGUUAGAGGAGGAGGUCUACAUAUUUAAGACUCGUAGUAAAGGCUGUUUAAUCAGCCUGUGAAUGAACGCUGUCAUUGAGCUGUUAUUUAUUGUAUGCUGCUGCCCCACUGUGUUCAAUGAGAUAAUUGCAUGUAGAUUGAGCGCACUAAUUUACACUCACUUAAACACACUGUUUGCCUGUUUCUGUAGUUGUGGAUGUGUACCAACAGUGGUGUGGUCCGUGCCGAGCUGUGGUUAGUCUCCUGAGGAAAAUAAAGAAUGAACUUGGGGAUGAUCUUCUACAUUUUGCCACAGUAAGGCCGGAAACUUUUAAAUAGCCUAGAUGUCAAAAUCUGUAAAUGAAGAGGCCUAAAGUUGAGUUUAUGCGUUUGUAUGAGCGUUUGUUUGGUUGUUUCAGGCUGAAGCAGACAGCGUCGAUGCUCUAGAGAGGUAUCGAGGGAAAUGUGAGCCCACCUUCCUCUUCUAUGGGGUGAGUGAGGCUGAGAGUGUACAUGUUUUUUUCACAUUUUACCAUCGGUUUUUUUUUUUGUAAAGACCUCAGAGUAAUGUCAUUCUGUAAUUAUCUCUAUUUUCAUCUGUUUAUUUUCUUGGUUUAUGUCUUUUUUCUCUUUUGUCUUGGCUUUAAAAUCCUCAGAGAGGUUCUUAAUGAAGGCAAUAAAACAGGGCUGACCAAAGUCAUAAUCUACCUGAUGAUUAUUUUUUACAGUUUUGCCCAUUAUCUACUGUUCUUCUACUUUUUUAUUCAUGAGAAAUGAGUAUAAUCUUGUACAUAUUUUCUGUUUGCUGACUUUCAGUGGGUUGCUCAACUGCACCUGCUGUUGUCAACAUCUCUUUCUGAGCUUGUUAUGCUGAAACCAAAUUUAAAAAGUUGAAAUGAAAACAGAAUGAAGCUCUUUUUUUUGUUAAAUGCAAAGGGUGGGGAGCUGGUGGCGGUGUUGCGAGGAGCCAAUGCUCCUCUCCUUCAGAGGAUGAUAGUAGAGGAACUGGCCAAGGAGAAGUUAGUCCUUGAGCAAGGUGGAGAGCGCAAAGUGGUGAGCCCUAAAACAUCCACACACUCACCUACACACCCACACAGUGUUGUUAUCCAUUCACACUUGUUUUAAUUUAAGAGCUUGGACAAUAGAGAUUUUUCACAGCACACAUUUUGUCCGGUCACAGUAGAAAUAGCACUGUUAGUACGAAUAACAGUAACAAUGACUGCAUCCUAUUUAAGUGUCCCAGUUAGCCAUGACAAUGUGAGAGUGAGUCAGCAUGCACAUUACCAGAACCCUGAGAAUGAUGGAGCCCAAGUUAUAUUCAGCCAACCUUCAUUACACUGUUUGUACACGUGCUUUUUCUGCUUUUAACAUUUCAAAAUUAAUCCAUGAGACAGAAAAUUAGUCAGCAAAUCUUUUUUUUUUAAAUUACCAUUUAUCAGCUUUUUUGUUUAAUUAAAAAGUUUCAGAACCAAAAAUAAUAAGCCAAAAAAAAAAAACUUAUAAGACACAUUUAUUUUCACUGCUGCACUAAUGCUACACAGCUGUGUCUGCUGGUAUCUUUUGACAGUAAUUUCAAUGUUGAGGAAAACUCAACGACAAUCAUCCGUGUCAUGUCCUGUAACAGCAGCCUCAGAAAUACUCACACCAACAAUUAUUCAUGUUUUUUAGAUUAGAUUACAGGUUUUAAACAGAAUUUAGGUAAAAACUUUUUUGAAAUUACAAUCUCAAACUUGAAAACAAAGAGCAGCAGGUUAGGAUCAAACUUGGACUCCCUGCAUUGGGACUACAACCUCCAUGUAUGGGGCCCGCAUAUAGACUACCAGAUCAGCAGCACUCUGCAUUCAUUAUUUUGGAGCUUUUAUGUUUUGUUCAGCUUUGUUUGUUGUCAAAUCUAUUUGAUCUAUUUGAUUUGGCUGUAAAAUUAACUAUACAAUCAUUGUUUUGACAGUUUUUGUUUUGGAAAUUAGAAAAAAAAAAACUGACUCAACCCACUGACAUACAAUCAGACAAAAAGUGAAAGUGCUACGUUCAUCAGAAAUGAACCAAAAAUUCUGUUUUGUAUGCACAGGCUUCAAUAAUCCAUACAGUUUCACAGUCAGAAGAUAUUAAAGUUAAAAAAAAAACCCAGUAUUUUGAAUAAAAGGUGCAGACGUUCACACCAGGGCAAAACCUUAAGCUUCAUAAAGAGUUUGUUUUCAUCUGUGUGUCCAGGAGCCCAAUAUUUGGUAAUGUCUUGAGCAAAAAUGUGCAAAAAUCUCUAGAAUAAAAUUAUCUACUUCUUUUUUGUGACGGGCAAUUUUCUUUCUUUGUCAACAACAUACACCAACAAAAAACAGGAUGUUUGAGGAUAACAACUGGCAGACAAAUCAAUACUUGGUUAAAAAAAAAAAAAAAUCUCUUUUCACUCUUUGUGUAUUUUGAUGUGUUGUGUCUGCAGGUUAAAGAUGAUGGUCUGCUGGCUGAUGAGAAAGCAGAGGAGGAGACACUUGAGCAGUCAGAAAACAAAGAGAGCAUCAUUGGUAGUGUGAAAACAAUAUAGUCAUUAUUGCCAUUUGUAUGAAUACUUGUUCUUUUGAUACAAUGAUGACUCAUAUUUCUAAACCUGUGUUGCCACAACACUCUAAACCACUUUGUCUGGAUUACUAAACUAACACUUGAGUUUCUCUUUCCUCCUGUAGUUCCUGCCAGUAAAUCCUACACAGUUGCCAUCAUCAAACCAGAUGCUGUUGCUCAUGGCAAGGCAAAUGAGAUCAUUAUGAAGGUACACAAAGACCAACACUGCUCACACUCUGAGACGACAACAUCGUCUCAAGCCUUCCUGCUGAUAUUGUUAAUUAUCUGACAAUGCUCCCCUGGCUAGAUUCAGGACGCUGGCUUUGAGAUCCUCGCCCACGAAGAACGUGCACUGACUGAGGUGGAGGCUCGAGACUUUUAUCGGCACAGAGCAGCAGAGGUAUAUAGAGAAGGAUAGAAUAAAAUCAACAAUGCACAUACAGAUACACUCAUUCAUAUGUACAGUUGCAGUGGUGGAAUUUAAGUCAAACUAGUCCAUGGUUCGGUGAGAGUCCAGGUGGUUUGUCUGGGUAAUUUAAAUUCUAGGUCAGCACCCUGAUGGGAGCAGAGUCACGACCAGGGCGAGAACCAUUUCAAUUAGUUUGCAAUACAUCACACUUCCAUCUGCAUUUCUGCUCAGGGCUUAAAAUAGAUCUGCUGUGUUAGCAGCUUUUGUGUUUUUGCUUAUCACGCUGUUUGUGAUAAGACUAAAUCAUUAGAGAUUCAGAAAAACAAAACAUGAGAAAAGAUGGCCAGGUCUUAAGGAUCGGAAAAUUUGGUCGUAAAUUAUCAUGUUGUUUUUUUUAUUUAUUUUUUUAUUUGAACUCAUUGCCCUUGUUUCAAAAGCAACAGGCAACUAUGACCGUUAAAACUCAAACAUUUGUUAAACUAUCUCAUGUGUAUGCUCUUGUCUCUGUAUGCGCCUGUGUCUAUGUGAUAAUGGUUUAUAGGAGUGCUUUGAGGACUUGGUGCAGUUCAUGUCCAGUGGUCCGUCUCAUAUCCUGGUGGUCUCCCAGGCUGAGGACUCAGCCAAUGUUGUAGCAGCAUGGCGUGAGUUCAUUGGCCCUGCAGAUAUUGAGGAAGCCAGGAGAGAAAAGCCUGGAAGGUAAAUUACUUGUAUACAUAAUGUUUUCAGGAAAUGGUUAAAAUUAGUGAAAUAGUGGCAAAAUGUUCCUUAGAUAUGAUUUGAUGUGAAAAUGGUGAUUGUUUCUGUGUCUUUGUGAAGACAAACGUUUGUUUACAGCACAGACGUUAUUCAUGCACUGUUGAAUUCAACAGUGUUAAAAAUCUCAGGCUUAAGUCCGGAAAAGCGAAUAAACAGCACAUUCUCAUCCGCUCUGUCAGACACACCCAAACAUUAUGCUUCUCUCUGGUCGAGCACCAGCCGAGCAACCAUCUGCUCUCCUCUCCUUUCUCUCUCCUGGCUUCCUGCAGCUUGCGGGCACAAUACGGCACACAGGCACUGUUCAACGCAGUGCACGGUAGUGAGGACAUCGACCAAGCCGGCAGGGAGCUCGCCUUCCUCUUCCCCAACUUUAGGACGGCGUCAGUGAAGGAGCAGGAUGGGGAGGAAGAGCGUGUGGAGAGGACACUGGCUCUUAUCCGGCCUGACGUUGCCAGAGAGAACAGAGGUGGGGUCUGUGCCAAAUGCACAAGAAAACUCAUGUGUGAGCGCAGAUACAGACACAUGGCUGUUUUUUUAUUGAUACUGUGAGACUGUCUCUUGACUCCCCUCACAAAGGUGUUGAAUAACACAGAUGCAGCUAUAGUUUUCUGUCACUGAUUGCACUUUCAAACUAGAGCACACCAACUUCCCAUAUUCAAACUGUCAGGUAUCACUUGUUUUUUUUAGGUUUUUGUUCUAACUAGCUAAAUCUAGUAAUCUUAUUCUGUCCAUCCCAUUUUUAUCUCUUUCUUCUUAUAUCCAUGGUACUGCAGAGGAGGUCCUCGCCAAAAUCCAAGAGUCAGGCUUCACAGUGGCUCUGCAAAGAGAGGUGAUGUUAACAGAGGAGCAGGUCAAACAGUUUUUCUUCCAGUAUGUCGAGGAGGACUCUUUCCCUGCUCUGCUUCAAAACAUGACCAGGUGAUUUCAACAUGCUUUAGAUAUGAAGAAAUUCGAGGUGUACGUUGUUACCACUGAGGUGCAUUAAAUCUGUGUUUAUUGACAGUGGGCCAGUAUUAGCUUUAGCUCUGGCCAGAACGGGGGCUGUCGAACACUGGAAGAACAUCAUGGGUCUUACUGAUGAGCAUGAAGCCAGAGAGGAGAGCACUGAAAGGUGAGUGAUGUAGGAUCUCUUAAUGUACAGAUUGAAUGCACUGAAAGGAAAGGAGCUCUCACUGUUGAAAAGAGCUCUCUUCUGACCUCUCUUUCUCACCUUGUUGGUGUUACAGCUUAUUAAAUACACAAGUGCUUUUAGAGGGGAGAGAGAACUCACUGUUCUGCACAUUGUACAAUCACACAAGGUGAAACGAACUGCUUAGACAAAUUAUAAUUGAAGAGACAUUUUUCGAAAAAUCACCAUAAGAAAGAGAAAUCUUAGAAACAAUCAGAAAUAAUCCAUUAGAUUAAAAUGAAAUUUGACAGUCUGCUUGGAUCUAUAAUCCUGACUUGUGUAUUUCUCAGUUUUGGGACUCGGUUUGCUGUGGAGAAUGACUCCAUCAAUCCACUGCUACAUGGCAGUGCAAGCCUUGAAGAUGCGGAACGAGAGAUCAGCUUCUUCUUCCCCAAACAGCAGACACUGGCAAUGAUCAAACCUGAUGCCAUGGAAGAGCACAAAGGUCGUUUCUGAUCAUUUAAACAUGCACUUACCUUAAUGUACAAUUUUUGAGGUACUGAUUGCCUCAUUAUUUCUGUCCUCUCCAACAGAUAAGAUUUUGGAGGAGAUCCAUGCCAAUGGUUUUGCUGUGGUGCAGCAGAAGGAGUUGGUGCAGUCCAAGGAGGCAGCUGAGGAGUUUUACACAGAGCACAGAGAGAAGCCUUUCUUCAGUCAGCUGGUUGAAUUCAUGUGUAGGUUAGUCUCUCCCUGAACACAGCCAGAGGAGAAGGACAAAGUGACCACAGCAGACCUGUCCUCGUUUUAUUGCCUCUGCAAGUUUAACAGCACUUUUCACAGUAAUUUAAGCAGCUUAGACUUAAGGAAGCCUCAGGCAAGUGGUGAGGACGUCCAUCUCAAUUUUAGUCUUUGUUCCACCACACAUACAUGGAUUUUGGAGUUAUCUUCCGCUCUGAUUAGUCCCUUCACUCGGUUGUUACACAACUGCUUGAACAGAGAAUAGUGCAGUUGGAUACUUAAGCCUGAAAAACGACCUUUACUGUCACUCUUUCAGUAUCAACUCAGAUUUAACCAUUAUUGUUAAUUCCUAUCCAACUGCUGUAAAAAGUUGUCUUGUGCUUCAGUGCCUUUAAAAAAAGUGUGCGUUUCUGAAAGUGGAAAUGUCUGGAUUCUAUCUGGGGUCUUUUUCAUGUGUGAAGAUGCCAUGGAUGAAGAGAUUGACAGACUGGUGGCUGUAGCAUCAGCAGCAAAGCAGCUGUUAUACCAGACACAAUGGUGAAGAGGGAACAGAGCCUGAAAGCAAAGCUCGUGAUUCACAGAGAGACUUAACCUUCCAACCCUCUCCUCUGGUCAUGAGCUUUGAGUUUACAGAUAUAAGCAGCUGGAACAAACUUUCUGCAAAAACCAGCUGAGCUCAGCCAUAGAAAUAGGGUCAGGAGCACAAAAAAACAGAGGGAGCUUAGAGUAGGCCUGUUACUGCUCUGCAUCCAAAGAGGACAUUAAUAAUGGUCCAGGCAUUUGUUUAGGGUGCAACCUAGACUUAUACCUUUAGGAGAGGCCCAUCUGAACUGGGAACACCUCAGAAUCCCUUGAAAGGAGCAUAAAGUGAUGCUGUAUGGAAGAGUCUUGUAUUCACUUAUGAACAAAGAAAGGACACUGUUGGUUUUUUUUUAGUGUUUUUUUUUCUUUGCUGUUUUUUUUUUUUUUUGACUAUUUUUUUCCUCUUUCUGUUUUUCUGACAAUUUUUUUCUUCUGUUUUUUUGUACUAAUAGUUUCAAGAAUCUGUGAGAAUCUCAAACAACCAGAUUAUAUUAACCACCACAGCUGCUCCAAAUCAGCAGAUUUUCCAGCUCCUAGAUAACUUUGACUAUGGGGUCAAUGACAGGUUGCACAGUGGUGUAGUGGUUAGCACUGUUGCCUCACAGCAAGAAGGUCGUGGGUUCGAAUUUGGGUCAGGGCAUUUCUGCGUGGAGUUUGCAUGUUCUCCCUGUGUCUGUUUGGGUUUACUCCAGGUACUCUGGUUUCCUCCCACACCCCAAAAACAUGCAACAGUGGGGUUAGAUGAAGUAGGUGUGAAUGUCAGUGUGGAUGGUUUUUCAUCUCUAUGUCAGCCCUGCGAUGAACUGGCAACUUGCCCAGGGUGUCCCCCGCCUUCACCCGAAGUUGUUGGGAUAGGCUCCAGUCCCCCCCACGACCCCCAACGGGAAAAAGCAGUAGAAAAUGGAUGGGGUCAAUGAGAAUAAAACAUGGUCUUAGUUAAACAUAGGGUAUUAAAAUCCUGAGGUGCCUGCAGAAAGUAGACACAUUUAUGACAAUUCCAUCCAUCUGUCUUAAAGAAAGGAGUAUCGACCAGUGUCUCAAACCCAAAAGAAAGUGAAACUUGAUUGGACUAACAAGCGGGCCGUGUUUGCUUCCAAUAAAUCAAGCAGAGGGGGAUGAAAGUAUCUUUUUUUCAAAUUAUCAUGAUCCCAGAGAAUAGGAAGAACAACUAGUCUGAAUGACAAAACACAAAAAAAUAUUCCAAGAAACAGAAAAGAAAAAAAUGCUAUGAAAAACAGAAAAAAAUGAGUGCGAAGAACAGAACAGAAAAAGAAAUUACUCUGAAAAACAGAGCUUUUUUUUCCCCUUUUUUUUAUGAAUGCAAUACACUUCUGAAGAGCUGGGACCAGGAUGUCUAGGUAAAGUAACACCAUGUCAAGGAGCAGUGGCCUCAAGUCUAAAGUGUAUCAUCUGUUGUGUGUUAUUCAUGUACUUAUAAAUACACCUGACAGUGAUGUCACCAGGUGCUGGACCUCACCUUCACACCACCUGACAAAAUUGUUAAAACAGACAAAAACUACAUCCUAAUGUUAAGCCUGUCUUAUCUGUAUUCUUUUAUUAAACAGAUCUGUUGAAACUAGAUUUACCCUGGAAACCUGAAAAUUACAGAUUUCAGUUUAGCAGAGUCCUUGAAAAUGCCACCUGAAAAGAUUAGAUCAGAGUAUAAUUUAACCUCAGAAAGUUAUAGUAAUUAUUUUCAUUGUUUUUUUUCCCUCUUUUUUCAGUGGGCCUUGUAUGAUGCUCAUCCUGGAUAAGGAAAAUGCAAUAGAGGACUGGCGGGCCAUUAUGGGUCCCACAGACCCUGAUGAGGCCAAGGAGACUUUCCCAAAUUCUCUGAGAGCCCGUUUUGGGUCAGAUGUUCUUCACAACUCAGUCCACGGCAGCUCCACUGAGGAGUAUGCAGAGGAGGAGAUACGGCUUAUCUUCGGGGACAUCAGCUCAGAUGCAGAGCUCGCCGAUGAUGGAGAGACUGACACAACCGUUAUAGGUAAUCAUACGAUGCGUAUGACAGUCGGUUCCAUCUGCUACACCACCUGCUUUUAUAUAAACACCAAUUUUCAGCAUUCAGCUCCAUGUCUGUGCUUGAAAUGAAAGCUGCUGAAAAAUUGAGCUUGAGGGAGAUAACAUUUUCUCUCAGAGUAAGAUCGAGACAAUUCUCCUGAUGAAAACUCAAGUAUGUUAAUGUCUACAUUUCUGGUUCAUACACGUCUGCUAAAGUGCCCAUCCAGCAUGAGUGUUAUUGACUUUUAACUCAAGCAUCACACCGUCUACUUUGCAUAUGUCACUUUGAGUGAGGACACUACUCAUAGGUUUUGCAAGGUAGUGGUUAUCAGUCUCAAGUGAAUAAAGAAAACAUUAACGUCUACAGUACACGAAGCAGGUUAACUUAAUCCUUUAUUAACUAAUUAACAGAGAACCAAAAUGUCCCUCUUUUUAAGUCCUCUGAGUGAAAAUCCACCAGCUCUGGUCUUUGUGAGAUUAGGUUUUAUUUGAGGCAGGUUCAGCCAGACCUCUCUGUGUGCACUGUUUCCAUCAGAGAAUCCAUCUCCUGAAUAGCAACACAGCUAUCACUGCCUUCCAUCCUGGGAAAUAAGGCUAGCUAGCAAACAGACAUGUCUGUUAAUGAUGGCCUGAUUCAGAUAACCUUCCACAAGCAACAGGAGUUAUCUCUUCAGGUUCAGAAAAAUGACGCUACAGAUCUUCAAAAUCUCCUUAACAAUGGCUGUUGCAAAGACAUAGACAGCUCCAAUGGUCUCUUUGUCAGGAGAGGGCGCGUGUUCAUGCGCUCUGCCUCUUUUAGUCUUGUGGCUGGUUCAUUUAUCAACAACUUACCCAAACUACUCCAGGGUUAUAUGCAUUUAAGAGUCAGGUCAAAUCAUCACAUAUUAAAAGUGACUUACCUAGAGUACCCCAGACUGACAAGUGCCAUCCUAGACACUACUUUUAGUUAUAUCAUAGCCUAACUCCUCUUGUUCGGGGGUGGGAGUUCAAACGUCUGAAGAAACAAUAUCACUGUCUUUUCACAAGAAAUGAAUAUCAAAGGGUUUUUAAGAUCAAUAAUAAUAAAAAACUAGAGUUUAUUGUCGCUUUUUUUUCUCUUUACAGGUGAACCACUAAAUUUAAAUAAUGGCAGCCCACAACCAGGAGGAGGUGAUGAUCCAGAGCCUCCAAACUAAAACAAUCUACACACCCUGGGAUUUUUCUUGUAUGGUGUACCCUGUAAAAUAUCGAGGACAUAAAAGCAAUACUUGUCAUCUUAUGGAUCAUGAAAUAAUGAAAAAGUACGUGUUUUAUGUUUAUGUGUUUUGUAUACUGUAUGUUUAGGUGGUGGGUCAAUACUAUCUAGCAUCAUAUUCUCUUCUUGGAAACUAAGGGGUGAAGUUUUAUAGUACUGUGAGUAUUGAGUGGUCAGCUUACAUGUUGCCUUUUCUCUUUACAGCAGUGGUAAAACACACAAUUCUGACCAGGAUCAUAGUCAUGUAAAAGUAACUUAUCAGUAAAAGAGCAUUUUCUAUAUCUGGAGAUCAAUUAGGGGCAUGCUAAAUUCAGUCCAUCAUAGAUUGCCUGCUAUGGAGAGCCAUUUCGAGGUCUGACGACUAAUAUGUGACACUAUGAGUGGCAGUGGGUAAUCCCUCAAGAGAGCGAGAAACACAGAGACUAGUCUUCUACAUGAACAUCACAGAAACAUCACAUUGCAUUAAAUCAGAAACUGCUUUAAUUAACAAUUUUAGGACUGAAGAAAAAACACUGAAACAAACAUUUAAUUAUCUCUCAUAAGUAAAUUUAUAGUUUUAUUAUUGCUCUAUUAAAAAAAUUAAUCAGACAUAUGUUCAGUCAUGAUAGGCUGUAUAAAACAGAGAAAAAAGACAGUUCAGAGUCAUCUGCUAAAAUAGUCUUUAAUGUUCUUCUUGUUGGGGCUUUGUGCGGCCAUGCCUCGAUGCUGACCGCAGCUGUUUUCAGGUGGGGAAUCCUCCCAGUCAUUCGCAGCCUCCAGCAGGAUGUCUUCAUCCAUGUCAUCACCUUCACAGAAAGACCUCUGGAACAUCUCCACAAUACUCUUCUGGUUACGGUCCUGAACGACAUAUUUAAUUACACCUCUUAGAAAGUAUCAUAAUUUCACCUAUUUAUUCUAUGCGUAUCUGUGGACACUUAAAGAAACUGUGAAAAUAGUAUUCCUACCUUGGAGUGAAAGCUGGCGUUGACUGCUUUGUCUGAGAGGUUGGACUCAGACAGGCCCACUUGCUCCAAGACGUUCAUUUUGGCCUGGAUCAUUGGCCUACAUGGUGUGAUAUAAUAGAGUGGGUAAAACUUGCCUAAGUGCGUAUUUUAGAAAAUCAACAUGAACAUAAACCCAAGAGUUUCAUCUUUAGCUGGAUGGCAGAGGGAAAAAUGAUGCAAAUCACAGUGUGAUUAUCAGCAGAAAUAGGUCAUACUGCCCACUGACUGACACAUACCACAGGUGAUCAUCAGCAGUUCCCUUGGCAACCAGGUAGUGAAUGUUCACAUUGCUGGUCUGUCCAAUACGGUGCACUCUGUCCUCUGCUUGAAUAAGAACCUGCGAUGAAAUGUUACAAAAAAAGAGCAAUUAGAUUUUUUCAUGAAAUUACCAGAUGCUCUCUGCAUUCAGCAGCACUGACCCCUCCAAGUCCACUGCUGCUCCAGGAAAAUAUAAGUUAUGAUUCAUGCUUACUCAGCUGCCAUGAUUUGAAAUUAAUGCACCAUUAAAAUUCUUGUUGGAAAUUAAGUCGUGGUUACAGCGACAGGGGUCAGGCUAAGUGCAGGUAGGGCUGAAACGAUUACUCGAGUAACUCGAGUAACUCGAUUAAUAAAAUUCCUCGAGGCAAAUUAUAUGCCUCGAGGAAUCGUUUAAAUCCGGAACCACGGUGUUUGACACGGACGGUUAUUUCUGUUGCGCAGAAGCGUGCUCUUUCCGCUCCUUCCGCUGCCGCGCGUUUGGUUCAAUCAUGGAGGGAAACGAGGACAGACAGAAGCUGUGUCCGAAAUGGCAUACUGCCUGCUAUCUACUUACCUACUCAAGCAGUAGCUAUUGCCUACUGACUACUCAAAGAUGAUUUGAGUAUGCCGCGGCUGCCCGAGCGUUUACACACAUACAUACUAAAUACCCCAGAAUGCAUUUCGUGCCGGCCGGACGCAGCGCCGGGAAAAUUUAAAUAGUCCUACCACAAGCUACAUAGAACGACUGCAUACCGGACAAAUUAUAUAAAUUCAUUCAAUAAUAAUAUUUUUUCUAGCGAGAAAGUAAGUGUUUACAUCACGAUUAUGAGCCCAGUUGUUUGAAAUAGUGGCUGUUUGUAAAUUUGUCUCGGCGUUUUCGGAGACCGAAGCGUCCACUUGGUCGGUGUUUGCGUCUAUUUACCGUAAACACCGGGCAGCAGCAGCUCCCCCUUCACGUUUCCAAAUUAUUGCGAAGUGUUUUCAUAAUCAACAUCUACACGACACAAACCGGGCGGCAGUGGAUGAAAAAAAUCACACAAACAUCCGUGUAUCCAUGGUGAUAAUGCUAUACACCACCUGCUAGGCGUGUGAUGAGCAGCAGAGGGCUGCAAAAUGACCAACACACAACAACAUGUAAAUAAAAAUGUAACACUUUUAUAUAUUGAAUAAAUGUACAUUUGCUUGUCAAAUUAUGUUAGUAUCCAAGAAUUAUAUUAUUUCAGCCUAUUAAUUAAACAAGUAAAAUUAGAUCCAAAGCCUGGAAAUAGUUGUGACUGGUUUAGUGAAAACUGCAAAGAUCAUUACCAUAGCAAUUAAAAGACCAUCUGCAGACCUUGCCUUCAGUAGUUUCAUGUGAACUACAUGGUAAAAUGUAAAACUUUUGGUUCCUGAUUUAUGCAGUAAAAAUAUUCAUUUGAAAGA